AUGUCCGUUCGAUGCCAGGAGAGUCCGGUGCUGGCAGGCAGCGCCACUUUGGCCGUCCUGGGGGCACUGGUUCUGUGCCUUGCGGAGCCCGCCGGCUACGGGAAGUACACGGAGAGCCGGAUGCCCGUGGCUACCUGCCUGUCCGCCCGCGCCGCCUGGUUCCUGCAGGAGCUGCCCUCCUUCGCGGUGCCCGCGGGGAUCCUCGCCGGGCAGCCCCGCUCUCUCUUCGGCCAGCCUGCGACUGUGCUUCUGGGCCUCUUCUGCGCACAUUACUUCCACAGGACAUUUGUUUACUCACUGCUCACUAGAGGGAGGCCGUUUCCAGUUGUAUUCCUUUUCAGAGGCUUUGUCUUCUGCAUGGGAAAUGGACUCCUCCAAGGCUACUAUCUGGUUUACUGUGCUGAAUACCCUGCUGAGUGGUACACAGACAUACGGUUUAGCUUGGGUGUCUUCUUAUUUAUUUUGGGAAUGGGAAUCAACAUUCACAGUGACUAUAUAUUGCGCCAGCUCAGGAAGCCUGGAGAAAUCAUCUAUAGGAUUCCACAAGGUGGCUUGUUCACGUACGUUUCUGGAGCCAAUUUCCUUGGCGAGAUCAUUGAAUGGAUCGGCUAUGCCCUGGCCACUUGGUCCCUCCCAGCACUUGCAUUUGCAUUUUUCUCACUUUGUUUCCUUGGGCUGCGAGCUUUUCACCACCAUAGAUUCUACCUCAAGAUGUUUGAGGACUACCCCAAGUCUCGGAAAGCCCUCAUUCCAGUCAUCUUUUAA